UUUGUUAAAUUCAAAAUUUUAUUAUUUUAUCUGUUCAUAAUGAUAGAUAUGAUAAUGGGACAGAUAAGAAAUUCUUAUCAAGUUAUUCAACAAUCAACAAAUCAACAAAAUCAGUUAUUAUCAUCUUCAAUAAUAUCGUCUUCAAUUUUCAAUCGAAAUUUUUUAAAGCCAUCAUCAUUAUCGUAUAAUCGAUUGAAUACAAAAAAUUUAUUCAAUGAUCGUGCUACUAUUCUAUAUAGGCCACAAACAUCGAUCAUAUUGAAUGAUGGACAAGUAAAAGUAGGAGAAUGUCCACAAACAAGACCAGCCGGAAAUGGUUAUUAUACAUUCAAACAGUAUGAAGGUAUAUGGUUUAAAAGAUAUCGAAGCCGUGUACGACAAGGUGAAUCAUUUUUUAAAUGUGCAUGGAUCGAUUAUAUUGAUCAAGGUAAUAAUAAUAUAUUUAUUAUGGAUAAUUUACAAAAUAAUCGAACGGGUGAAUGGUUUCGUCAGAAUGCAACCACAGAAGUAUGGCCAAAUGAUCCUACAACAUGGACUAGUACAUUAGCAAAUGGCGUCCGUUUUGAUACACAUCUAAUCUAUUACGAUGGUAAUUUAGGUGUGGCAGUAAUCUAUAGCUGUUCACCAACAUCGGAUAAUGGUCACCAAGGAAUCGGUAAUAUUUACACAAGAUCACCGACAACACCUUUAUCAAAAUCAUAUGUUGAUUUUUUAUUGGAUAUUUUCUAUCAAAAUGGAAUCUAUGAUACAUUACCAUUAUAUUUUGUUGAUCAGGAUAAUUGUAAAGAAGAAAAUCUACCUAAACCAAGAUAUAAUAUGAUUUAAUUAUGAUGAUACCUGUACGAAAUGCUCCUUUUAUUGGGCCUCUUAAAAACAAAAUAUUUUUAAUUAUUUUG